UAUCUUCAUCGUUACCCAUUUGUACAUCACUAUUUGCCAACUUUUCUUUAAACGCAUCACCAAACAGGGCACAUACCAAAGCAAAGCAAAGAAAAGCCAAACCAAAAACCCCUCAAAUUCUCUAACUUUUCUUUCCCUGUUUCUCUCUCUAAAAAACAAAAGUAAAAGGUGACCACCCCAAAAGAUAAAGUGGAGAAUUCAAGGACAGAAGGAGGGUUACUUUGUUAUCUCUGUUUAGGAGAGAGAAAGAAAAACAAGAGAGAGAAAAGUGCCGUUGUUAAGAAACAAACGGAAAUACAAGAAAUAAAGAUGCAGAAUACUAACAGUAAUAAUAGUAAUACUAAUAUUAGUACCCAGAAAUCGGAGCCAACGCUUCAAACAGUAGCAAAUUCAGGAAGUUUAAGCUUUAAUAGUAGUAUAACUUCAAAUACUGGAAUGGGUAUGGCUGAUGAAGAAAUUACUCGAUCUGCUUUGUCCAAUUUUAGGGCUAAAGAAGAAGAGAUUGAAAGGAAGAAGAUGGAAGUUAGAGAACGUGUUCAAGCUCAACUUGGUCGUGUUGAAGAAGAGACUAAACGUUUAGCCAUGAUUCGUGAGGAGCUUGAAGCAUUGGCAGAUCCCAUGAGGAAGGAAGUGUCUCUAGUGCGUAAAAGGAUUGAUACCGUUAACAAGGAGCUAAAACCACUUGGAACAACCGUCCAGAAGAAGGAAAAAGAAUACAAAGAAGCAUUGGAUGCAUUCAAUGACAAGAACAAAGAGAAAGUACAGCUGAUAAACAAACUAGUUGAGCUGGUAGGUGAAAGCGAAAGGUUGAGGAUGAAGAAAUUGGAAGAGUUGAGCAAGAGUAUCGAAUCGAUGCGCUAAAAUGACUUGAAACAGAUGAUGUUGUCCAAUGUCCAUAGAUAAUUAGGUUUGUGUGAUGUAAUUUAAUUCCUACUGCUUAAUUUGUUUUUAAUCAUGUGUUUAUAUAGUAAUAUGGGUGGGUGCCUGGGGUUUGGUGUUAUUCUAAGUACCCUUAAUUUUCUUUAUUUUUGUUUUAUUUUUUUUGCUUUGGCCCCAAUUUGAUGCAAUAUCUGCUGAUCUAGGUAAAGGGUAAUAUCUACCCUAAAUAGACAGGUUUGUAACUGAUUACAUUUUUCAGACUUGAAUUCCUUCUCACCUUUUAUUUACUUAUUAUUAUUAUUAUUAUA